CACAGGCCGAACCAAUGACCUCAUUUCAAGAUGGCUGCUACCUACAUUCCGGUUAGCGUUGUGAAGUACAAACGAAAUAAACACGGAAUACGUUGAUACACACUGAAAGCUGGGACUCCACAGAUCAUGAGGAUAUCAUAUGUGUCUGCCUGUGACCUACCGUUAUUGAUCACCAGCCCCGAGAGUCAUUUUUUAUUUAUUUUACACAACAUUUUCACCAAACAGCAAACAUCUUACAAGAGUGGAGGAUGCAGAGGAUUUGGAUGAUGAAGUUAGGGAGAGACCCCUCCCCAGCAAGUGCUACCACCAGUCAAGGUCUUCACCCCCCACUGCAAUGUCAAUCACCCCGCCUGAUGGUUCUACAUCCACCACUCGACAAAGACCCCACUCCUCUUCAACCACCCCCACUGCAGCCCUGGCACCACUUCCCACUGCAAGUUCAUCUGGAGGUGCAGGGCAGGGAGGAGAUCUAGGCCUAAACAGAGGAGAGGCAGUGGAAGCAGCACAACAGAGGGAGAUGACACUGAGGACAGGUGGCAUACGGUCCUUGAGGAUGAUGAGGAGCCAGAACAAUUUAGGUUAACCCAAAAGACCGGAUGGCCCACAGUUGCACAGGAAGGAAGAUGUCCUAGAAACCUGUCACCAUGGGUGUCAUGCUCAACUACAUUUCCUUGGUGAUUUACAUGGGACUGGUAAAGGUAUCAAGACUAGUUGACAACUGGAACAAGUCCCCACUCUAUAGGUUCGAGUCCCUCACCUCCAUCAUUAGUGAAAACCGAUUCUUGGCCAUCAACCGUAUUCUUCACAUGAGUGACCCACAAAAGGAUCAGGAGAAUGACCAGAAGAGGGGCACUGCAGGGUAUGAUCGUAUUACAAGAGUCAUGGUGGAGGCAUGCAAAACGUACUUCCAGCCUGCUCAAAAUUAAUCUAUAGAUGAGCGCAUGGUUGCCUCAAAAGCUCGAAUUGUCUUGAAGCAAUAUAUGAAAAAUAAGCCGACCAAAUGGGGCUACAAGCUCUUUGUGCUAGCCGAUUCUGCCUACACGUGGAACUUUUCAUCUAUGAAGGCAAGGUGAUCACACCCACUGGGAAGGGCCUUAGUUAUGACUCUGUCAUGCAACUGAUGGACUUCCCCUUACUUGGCAGUGGGUACAAGCUCUUUGUGGACAAUUUUUAUACUAGUCCCAUGCUUUUCAUAGACCUCUUGAAAAAGAAAAUGGGGGCGUGUGGCACCAUUCGUCCUAACAGAUUAGGUUUCCCCAAGACCAAGGUAAACGACAUGACAAAGACAGUGGAGAAGGGGACCGUACGUUGGGUCAGGACUAACACGCUGCUUUUUGUGAAAUGGAACGACACUAGGGAAGUAACCAUGCUCCCCACACAGCAUAAGGCAUUCAAUAACGGGGCAUGGGUGAGGAAGAAUGUCCCUUUUUCUGUGAAGGACUAAAAUGCCAGCAUGGGGGGUGUCAACCUAUCUGAUGCUCUGACAGGCUACCACCCGGUCCUCCACAAGACCAGGAUGUGGUAUAAGACCAUUUUUUUACCACUUUGUGGACAUUUCUACAGUAAAUGCUUUCAUUCUGCACAAGCAGAUGGCCAAAGCAAAAAAGUCAAACCCCUCUCUCACAGUUGGCCUUCUGAGAGCAGCUGGUGUUGGAAAUGGCUGAAUUGGGGGGCCCAAAGCAACCUCACAACCAUCACAAGACCCCCCACUCAAGGACAAUCCGGAUAUGGCUAAAGAGAGACAGUGGCCAGUACUGGCCCAGUGUUUACCACACAAUGCCAGAUUCUUGCUCCUGUAUGUCCUUUAACCCAGAGACCAGAAGGCUGUCUAUGGGUAUGGAGAAUGGAACCAUCUCCGAGUUCAUCCUGUCAGAAGACUACAACAAGAUGACCCCGGCACAGACCUACCAGGCCCACCAGGGCAGAGUGACAGUGGUGCUGUUUGUGUUGGAGAUGGAGUGGGUCCUCAGUACAGGACAGGACAAGAACUUCACCUGGCACUGCUCUGAGAGUGGAACACAGCUGGGGUUAUACCGCACCACCGCCUGGGUCUCUGGACUGCAGUUCGACGUGGAGACGAGGCACGCCUUUGUGGGCGACUACUCUGGUCAGGUGACCAUCCUCAAGCUGGAGCUGGACAGCUGUAGUCUGGUCACCACCUUCAAAGGACACACAGGCAAUGUGACAGCUCUGUGUUGGGACCCAGUCCAGAGAGUGUUGUUCUCCGGCAGCUCAGAUCACUCCAUCAUCAUGUGGGACAUCGGGGGAUGCAAAGGCACCGCUAUCGAACUUCAGGGACACAAUGAGAAGGUCCAGGGCCUAUGCUACGCGCCACACUCACGUCAGCUGAUCUCCUGCAGCUCAGAUGGGGGCAUCGUCAUCUGGAACAUGGACGUGACCAGACAGGAGACCCCAGAGUGGCUGGACAGUGAUUCGUGUCAGAAGUGUGAGCAGCCAUUCUUCUGGAACUUCAAACAGAUGUGGGACAGUAAGAAAAUUGGCCUGCGACAGCACCACUGCAGGAAGUGUGGGCAGGCAGUGUGUGGGAAGUGCUCGGCCAAGCGCUCCACCAUCCCUCUCAUGGGCUUCGAGUUUGAGGUGCGGGUGUGUGACAGCUGCCACGAGUCCAUCACGGACGAGGACCGGGCGCCCACGGCAACAUUCCAUGACAGCAAACACAGCAUAGUUUACAUGCACUACGAGCCUACCACGGGCUGGCUACUGACCUCUGGGGCAGACAAGGUCGUCAAGCUCUGGGACAUGACUCCAGUGGUGUCCUGAAGGUCAUUGUUGAUGGAGCUUACAUCAUGGUGGCCGUCAUCCUGAGAGGUGGUGGUAAUGUCCACGAGAACAAAAACCACCACAACAAUAGCUGAGUAAUAUCCACAGAACCUAGAAACACCAGGCCUUUCUUGCCUGCCCUUGUCCCUCUUGGUGACUAAAUGUGCUGAGGAAGAGCUGUACUCUGGCUCCCCAUAUGGAUGGAAAGAUUUGGAAUAGACGCCUUGAAGAGGACAAAGGUGUGUGUGCUGUAUCAGGACUAUGAAAGAGCAUUUUUUUUGUUUGUUUUAUGGAUCCCCCUUACCUACAGUAUGUCACUCUGGAACAACAUUUUGGAACUUCAACUAAAAUGUUAUUGUGCAUACAUAAUUUCCUAUAUUCUUUGGUUUAUUAUAUUUAUAACAAUGGGUCCAUAGUAAAAGGAACUCCGUGUAGGCUACCUGCUGAACAACAAAUACAGCUAGUCGGGCAAAUAUAAAGAUUAUAUUUAAGUGCCUUCCUCUUAUCAUAUUGCACCUCUCACUAUGGCAAACAGAAAGCAUGAAAAAAGUAGUUUAUGAACCAAUUGUUAAAAUAACGUUAUACAUUUUUUUUUACUGGGGUUGUUAUAUGAUUAUCAGUGAGGUAUGUACAGUAGCAAGACGGAAUAAUCUAAUAUAAUCACGAAACUCAAGAAGGUCCCAAAGUUGACCUCCUUACAAGACUCAUCCUGUUUGGAUUGGCUCUUUGCUUGUUAGCUGCUGUACAUAGAAGCAGCAGGUGGAGGGUAGAAUAGCCCUGUUUCUGGGUGGACCCUGUUUCAGUUGAGGUGUCAGAAGUGUUCAUAGCCUACUGUACAUACAGAUAACUGCCAAAAUAAAGGAACCACCAACAGUGUCUUAAUAGGGCAUUGGGCCAACAAGCUGCCAGAACAGCUUCAAUACGCCUUGGCGUAGAUUCUAAGUGUCUGGAACUCUUUUGGAGGGAUGUGUCACCAUUCUUCCACAGGAAAUCUGUAAUUUGGUGUUUUGUUGAUGGUGGUGGUAAAGGCUGUCUCAGGCACCGCUCCAGAAUCUCCCAGAAGUGUUCAAUUGGGUUGAGAUGUGGUGGCUGAGACACACAGUUUAAACCCCCUAUGCUCAUUUGAGACCCCCCUUUCAAAUUCACUAAGUUCUCUUCUAACCAUGCUAGCCAAAAUAAUUGGGCAACUGGGCAUUUUUGUACAUGACCCUAAGCAUGAUGGGAUGUUAAUUGCUUAAUUAAGUCAGGAACUACAUCUGUGUGGAAGCACCUGCAUUCAAUAUACUUUGUAUCCCUCUUUUACUCAAUUGUUUCCAUUUACUUUGGCAGUUACCUAUAGCUUAUAGACUAUCCUAUAGUCAUACAUACACACAACUGGUGAACAAGUCUACAUGUGGUAUCUCACUGUCGGGUAACGGUUGACGACCACAGAUGUAGGAGACGUGGAGUAAGACAUUUCAUUCUUUAGUAUUUUUUUCAAAUUAAUAUUGAUUUGCUAACUGAAGUUCUUGAUUAGGCUUGCCAAUUGAAAUGAUAAAUCGUAAAGAACACGUUAAUACCAAUCAUCUUUUUAUGAUUUUUUUUUACUCUAUUGUAGAGUUAUUGAAAUGUCACCUACUACUCUUUGGACUUCGGUGGUGGACCAAAACAUUAUUCACCAUGUGUCGUCUCUAGUUUCUUUGCACUUCAGUUGUUACGGUUUGAUUUCUAAGAGAACAAAAUCAUAGCUAAGCACUUUUUGUCCAAUGCAUACACUUACAAUAUGUUAUUAUCUACAAAUGACACAUGGUUCAAGGCUGAAAAGAUUUUUCUAUUGUGUACGUAUAACUGACUGGUGAUAUGUUAGUGGCUGUGUGUUAUGAGUUUAUUUAUUGCUGUGUGUUACUGUUGCCUCAAAGCUAGACAUCUCUCAUGUAGCCUACUACACCACACGUGUCAAGGUCAUUCUCAAAUGGUAUUGAUGGUUAUGAUAGGGGUUAUCAUGGAUAUAAUAUAGUUCAAGUUAAGUUCAUGCACUGGAUUUGCUUUUGGAUUUGUUUUUAGACAGAACCACUAUUGUAAAACAACAAUCUGUCUGCAUGUUGAUAUUUGUGAUAUAAAACCUAAUUACCCAUUGUCAUUUUUCACGAGUACUAGCAUGUUGAUUUAAUAAUCAGUGAAGCCACACAUCUUGGGCCUAGGCUAAUGCAUAUCUACUGGUGGAGAAUGCUCUAUCAGGCUCUAAUGCUAUUUACAGUAGUAGUCAAUCACUGGAUUAAAUAAUUAUACUAUCCCUAUUCGUUUCCUCAUUUAAUGCCCUCUGUACAUUAAAGAACAAUAUCUGUUAUCAUUGUUGGUGGUAAAAAUGUGUAUUAGUUCCAUGUUGAUUCAUACAGCAAGACUAAUUUACAUUAUCUGAAUGACUGCCCUAGGAUUUGAAAUAACUUCAUAAUAAUAUUAUUAGGUGUGUAUUGUAGCCUGGAUACCAGUCUGUUUUUCUGCUCAUGUCAGCGUUUUGUCAUUGGCAACAGUGUUGUUAAUACAAAAACUGUCUUGCUCCCAGGCUAGUGCUUCUGUGUGGUCUAGUAUGAUGCUCACAGGUGGCUGUACUGUAUGUGUGUGUGUGACUCCAGGGGGGGUUUGUCACAAAGCCGGAUCUGUUUAUCAAAGUAAGGUGGAUAAGUCCUUUAUCCUGCUUUGUGACAUUCUCCUCAGAUCUUGAUGUGCGUGGUGUGUCCAAGCAGCAGACUAAUGAAGAUCAGCAGUCCUACAGGAAUAUCAUUACUGCAUGUCUCGUCCUGGCCCUAAAGCUGAUCUGGGUACUGAUCAUCUGAGUAGAGAUGUGUUCAUAUCAUUCCAUAAUUACAGUUCCUCUUGUUGUCCUGCUGCUGAUGUACACAUGUUUUGAAUUUGAUUAAAUUGAUAUGAGGUGACUGAAA